UCCGGAAGCUCUUCAAACUGAGGCGCUCAAAUCCCGGAAGUAGUCGUGUGUCGCGUCUCCACGCUCGUCAAAAUCGUUGAUAACACGGAGGCGUCGUGAGGGAUACUGUUUGGACAAAUUCAUUAUCAGCAACCAUGAGUCUGUUAACCAAACCCAAGUCCGAAAUGACUCCUGAGGAACUCCAGAAACGUGAAGAGGAGGAAUUCAACACAGGCCCCCUGUCUGUGCUCACCCAGUCAGUCAAGAACAACACACAAGUCCUCAUCAACUGCCGCAACAAUAAGAAGCUGCUUGGGAGAGUCAAAGCUUUUGACAGGCACUGUAACAUGGUCCUGGAGAAUGUGAAGGAGAUGUGGACGGAGGUUCCAAAGAGUGGCAAAGGAAAGAAAAAGUCCAAGCCUGUGAAUAAGGAUCGCUACAUCUCUAAAAUGUUUCUCAGGGGCGAUUCGGUCAUUGUCGUGCUGCGAAAUCCUCUCAUCACAGGAAAAUGAACUGUCCAGUAGCUUGAGUCACAGGGUCGGUCCCUUUUUUUUCCUUUAUGAAAGCAUUUUGCUUUAGUUAGUGUUGUUCUGUUUCCCAAAGGAAACAAUACUUUCAUUUGCCGACAGCCGCCUUCUGUAUUUUUCAUUUUAAUAAAAAACAAAUGAUUGGUA